GGAAAGCAAAGUGAAGCUUGUGGAGGGUGCGGGAUCUGGCCGCUGCCAGGGGCGGGCGGGACGGCGCACCAUGUAUACCAUCACCAAGGGGCCCAGCAAGCUGGUCGCGCAGCGCCGCACAGGUCCCACACAGCAGCAGGUGGAGAGCAGGCUUGGGGAGCUCCUGAAAUGCCGGCAGCCCGCGCCUCCUACCGUGCUACCCGCGCGCGAGCAGUCCUCGGCGCAGCCCCAGGGACCCUGGCCCCUUACAAGUCCGGGGCCCAGGCUUGUGUUCAAUCGAGUGAACGGCCGGCGGCCCCUCACCACCUCCCCAUCCCUCGAGGGGACCCAAGAGACCUACACAUUGGCCCACGAGGAGAACGUCCGAUUUGUGUCCGAAGCUUGGCAGCAAGUAGAGCGACAGCUGGAUGGCGGCCCUGCCGAUGAGAGUGGCCCACGGCCUGUGCAAUAUGUGGAGAGCACUCCUGAUCCCCGGCUGCAGAACUUUGUACCUAUUGACCUGGAUGAGUGGUGGGCACAGCAGUUCCUGGCUAGAAUCACCAACUGUUCCUAACAGCUGUCCAGGAAGGAAUGCUGCCAUAGCGGACCCUUUGCCAGAAGAGGACCACAGUGCGCCGGUCCACCUCGUGGCCUGACUGGGUACCGGCCACACCUGAAGUGCCAACGUUUGGACUUUUGCACCUAUUGUUCCCUUGGCUUGGCCAUCCUAAGCUGCCAGAGCCAGGGGCCAAAACCUGUCUAACCUCAGUCCUGCUCACUGUGCCCAGGGACCAGCCCCUGGGACUGGCAGGGAGGAGUCCAGGCUAAUAAAGUUGAGAAACUGCC